CUCCCACCCACACUUUUUUUUUGUCGGCAUUUUUAAAAAAAAAACUCUUGGCAUUUUACGCUAAUAUAUAUAGCAAGAAAUGCCAUUGUGCCAUUUCGUUGGGUUGUGACUGUUCUUGAUUGAUCCUCUCAUUCUUGAUUUUAAAAAUUAUAAACAAACCCAUUUCCGGGUUUUCUCUUCUGAUCCAGCUUUUUCACCGUACGAGCUAAAGACUCCAUUUUAUUCUGGUACUUAACAUGAUGGAAGAAUCUCAAAGCACAAACCCACCUGCAAUUAUGGAUCCCCCUGCAAGUACAGAUCCCCCCGCAACUACAGAUCCCCCCGCAAGCACUGAUCCCCCUGCAAUCACGAACCCCCCUGCUAUCACGGACCCCCCUACAAGCAUGGACCCUCCAGCAAGCAUGGAUCCCCCUGCAAGUGAUGCUGAGGUCAAACCAGCAACACUUGAAGAGGUGAAAGAGGAAGGUCCAAUGUUUCCCUGCAACCUUUUUGAUGCAGAAAUGGUUCACAGGAUAGCAGGAGAAUUCCUUACAGGAUUAUCCUCUGCCUGUGUUGACAACACGACAGGUGGCAUAUUCAAGAGCCCUGCUUCAGUGGCGGUUGAUAUCAGAAGAGAAAUGGUGGACUAUCUUGUCCAAAGAAGUGAAACUUUUGUUGCUGAAUCUGUUGUCUUGGAAGGGGGUGCCACUGCAGAAGCACCUACUGAUGCUUUUGAUAUUAUCUCUGAUAUUAUUGAUGAUUUUGCACAUUCGAAAAGGAAUUUUUUUAGCCGUGUCUCGGGAUGGGUUCUGAGUGAUAGGAGAGAAGAUAGGAUAGACGAUUUUGUGCAGGAGAUGGAAACGAAUGGGUUUUGGUUGAUUGGGCGGAGGGAGUCGGUUGCACAAACUUUGCUUAGAAACGUUGACUUCAAGAACACGUACCAUUGCAGUAUGAAGUUUAGGUCUGAAGAAGAGCUUCAACAACAUCUUCCCUCUUGCAAUUUCAGGACUAUGAACUGUGACAACAUGGGAUGUAAUGGUAUAUUCAUUGCAGGACGUGCCGAUGAACAUGACUCUACCUGUCCUUUCAAAAUAAUCCCUUGUGAGCAGAAAUGCCCGGAGAGCAUAAUGAGGCGUGAUAUGGACAGGCAUUGCAUUACUAGUUGUCCAAUGAAGCUCGUGAACUGCCCCUUUUAUCCCGUAGGUUGUCAAUCUACAGUUCCACAGUGCAAUAUAGCUGAACACCGGGCCGAGAACCUACAGGCUCACUUGGUCUGCAUCUUAAAACUUGUUCACAAGGAAGCUUCUUCCGAAGCCCUGAAUGAAAGGGCAGUACAACUGAUGGAGGCCUUGCCUCGUGGAAAAUUAGCAGCUUCUCGGGAUGCAAGAGUUUUAACAUUUGCAAUUAAGGAUGUUGAAGCGAAGCUUGGGCCAAUAGAAGUCGAGGAGCCAACUGCAGAGGAAGAAAACUCAACAGCUAACAAUGAGGAGAGCACUGCUGAGUCCACUGAGAAUGCCAAGGAUGGAGAAUCAACUCUUAAAACUGAAGGUUCUCCAGAGUCACCCGCAAAGCAUAAUGAUGUCACAUCUUCAGAAAGCAAAGCGGUGCCAAAUGAAUCACUUGCCAAGGAUGAAAAUGCAGCUCCAAAUGAAUCACUUCCCAAGGCUGAAAAUGCUCCAAAUGAAUCACUUCCUAAGGAUGAAAAUGCUCCAAAUGAAUCACUUGCCAAGGCUGAAAAUGCUCCAGAAGCACCCUCAGAAAACGAGGAUACUACAAAGAAACAGUCUGAUACAGAGGGUUCAGAGCCAAUAAUAGACAGAGAAGAGAAGAGCACUGAUUUGGCUGCUCAGGGAGAUGCGGGAGUAGUGGAGUCUCCUGUUUCACCCAAGGAACAGAAUGCCUCUACUGCUUUACCCCGUGAGGUAGAGUCAGUGGAGUCACCUGCCAAAGCUGAGGACUCUCCGGAAGCUACCACUGAAAAUGAGGGGCCCACAGUUCUUCAAUCUGAGAAAGAAAAUAUCUCAGAGUCUCCCCAAGAAGAAGAAAAUCGGAAAGAACAAGCUAGUGAAAACUAGAUGCACGUGGAGCCAUAUAAUCCAAUGGGAUGGAGAGAAUUGAAGAGUUGUAUAGGUACAACUUAAAUUGAAGAUAAUAUUAUGCGUCAGGCUUGUAGAAGGAACUUCUCCAUGCCAACAAGGAAAAACGGAGCAGCUUUAGAUUCUGUUUCAUAGCUGUGCUCUGAAGCCUUGGACUUAGGAUAUCCAGAAAGCAGAGUGUGUCGAACCAGUUAACUUAGUUUGUCACCUGGGAGAGAGACCUAGAAGCUAAUCUCAGAAUGAUUUUCCUGCUGUAAAAAGAUUUUUUGUUUUUUUUUUUUUUGGUUUUUUGUUUUAUCCAGUUUUCUUCGUCAAAAUGAGAUGGAGGCCAUCAACACUUGCAGAUUUGUCGUUUGGCUGUGUCUACACACUAUGUCACUACCUGUGGUUUUAUCUUUUUUUUUUGCUUCCCAUAUAUCAUCCAUUUUUGUAUUUGUAAACAUUUUAUCCAAUUAAUGGAUGCGAGAUUUUGCUCAUUUCUUUAA